UUUUUUUUUUUUAAAUCAUGGUUCUGUUAGUGUGGGUUGUUGUUUUUAAAGUAAAUUUUAGUAGCUUUUUUCAGGUGGAUUUUUGUAAUGCCAACAUGAUAAUGCCCUCAAUAGUACUUUUUUUUUUUUUUGAGGCAGACUCCUGUGUAAAUUAGGCUAACUUGGCUGUGUAGCUUAAGAAGUUCUUGAGUCCAAUGGGCCUCUCUUUCCAGUGAUGGCCGACUAGGCCAUCUUUUGAUAUAUAUGCAGCUAGAGUCAAGAGCUCCGGGGUACUGGUUAGUUCAUAAUGUUGUUCCACCUAUAGGGUUGCAGAUCCCUUUAGCUCCUUGGUUACUUUCUCUAGCUCCUCCAUUGGGAGCCCUGUGAUCCAUCCAUUAGCUGACUGUGAGCAUCCACUUCUGUGUUUGCUAGGCCCCCCAGUACAGGGGAACACCAGGGCCAAAAAGGGGGAGUGGGUGGGCAGGGGAGUGGGGGUGGGUGGGUAUGGGGGACUUUUGGUAUAGCAUUGGAAAUGUAAAUGAGCUAAAUACCUAAUAAAAAAUGGAAAAAAAAAAAAAAAAAAAAAGAAGUUCUUGAGUUUCUCAUCCAUCCCCCUGCCUCCAGGCUCAUUUUAUGCAGUGCUGACGGGUGAGCCCAGUAGUUCACACAACUUAAGCAACUGCUCUCCCAGCUGACUCCCAGUAGUACUUUAAAGUUAGCAGAGGAAUGGUUUCCAGCAGGCCCCGGUAACACAAGCACUUAUUUCCAGCAUUCAAGACACUGAGUUUGAGGCCAGCCUGGACUAUAAAACAGACGAAACAAAACUUUAAACUAAAGGGCUUUCAUAUAAAGGUUUCUUUUAUUGACCCCCUGGGAACAAAUAAAACCUUCAUUUAAAAAAAUGGUUUUUUGUUUUGUUUUGUUUUGUUUUAAACCAUAUUAUUUAUUACUCCAGUGUGUCUUCCUGCCUGUGUAAGGGCAUGCAUGCUUCAGCAUGUGGGUGGAGGUCAGAGGACAACUCGUAGACCGACUUCACUUUCCACCUUUACAUGCCUUUUGGAGAUGGAGAGGUGGCCGGGCUGGCACAGCGAGUACCCCUUAUCCACUGAGUCACCUCACUGGCCAUGAGUUGUUCCUUAUAAAAGACAUUUUUGUGCAGAGCUAUGGUAACAUUGUCUAGGCUCAGAAAUGAUUAGGACUCUUAAUUUGAAGCACUGGUAGCACUUGGAAACUCAGAGGAGUUUGUCUUCCCCUUCUUUCCCUCAGUCAUCAGCUGUUACCAAAGGUUGUGACAAAAAUUGGCAAGUGUGGUUCUGCAGACACUCUUCUUGAUUUGAGAGUUGCCAUAUGCUCUCCCUUUUACAAGUUAUAUUUAUUUUUAAGUAUCGUUUGCCGCUAUUUAACAAUAUUAAGGGGAAUCUGUACUAAAUACCAGAUUGCUGCUGGCAAGUUGAAACUCUGCUACCCAAAUCUUAAAUCUCCAUUUACUCGGAUGAGAGGACAACCCAGGUUCUUGUGUACAAGACAUUACUUAGGCUCAUGGGCUUUCAGAUUAGAAUUUGCUCUUUCAAGCAUCUGCUUCCACCGGCUUGGUUCCCCAGUGACACUGUAACAUAGCUUCCAUCCAGGUACUUGCGCAGAUUGCAGUAGAAUUUGAGGAAGGAGUACCUGAGAUGCUUCACGGAGGGGAGAUGGUGCUGAAGCCCCCUCUGAGCAGGAGAAGGCUGGGAAGGGAUGCUGGCUAAAGGAGACAGUGAAGCAGAGGCCCUAGGCAACUCAGGCAUGGUGGCACUUCCAGAAAGGAAGGUAGGUUGUUUUUUGUUGAAGUAUAAGCAUUAGUGGGGAAGGAUGUUAGGAAAUGAAGCCAGACUGGUAUCCAUGGGCCAGGUGGUGGAGAACCUUGCAUGUCUUCCAUUUGGCAGAUACUUAUUGGAUAGCUUGUGAACCAGGUACUGCUGUAGACACAUAAUGGUCAUAAUGGGAAGAGAUAGAUGAUUAUUAAUAAUAUCCUAUGAGUGCAUAUAAGCUACAGUAUAAUGACCAGUGGUAAGAGGAAGUUUUGAGGUCAAUAAAAAUGGGACCAUUUUAGGGGACCAGGAAAGGUUGGUUGAAGAACCAGUAGGGUGAAUGACCUCCAGUGUUCAGGCCUGAAGCGAUAUGCAAGUGACCUGAGGUUUGAGCUGGAGAGACAGACAGCUCAGUGGUUAAGUGUUCAACAUAUAUUGCUCUUGCAAAGUCUCUGGAGGUGUUCAGGUCUCAGCAACCAUGUUAGGUCACAUCCAAGUGCAUUUGAUGUGUCUAUCCUCCAUGGGUACCUGCAUUCAUGUGCACAUGCACAUACACAUACAUUCACACACACACACAUGUGUACUCAUACAUACACAUGCAUAAUUUUUAAAAACUUGUAAAAGCCCUAAAGUUAGACUGGCUCUUGCCUGUUUAAGGAAAUCUUAAGAGUUAAGUGUGUCUGAGUAUCACGGAGGGAGAGUGUUGUGUCCGGCCAGCAGACCACAACCUGGGUUCUAGCCUGGAAAGGCAUUUUGGAAACCUGGAAGAGAAGAGGGGCUAGGUGGCGAGAGAAAGGAAUGUAGCCAAGACAGUUACUCUGAUCAAGGCUCAAAUUUUAUUGUUGUGACACUAGUUAUGAAGGAAGGGGGAGGGGACCCGAUUCCCGCCGAAUAAUCUCUGGUCCAUUAGAAAGGUGCACGUGUGUGGCUCCGCAGGUUCCAGCAGUGGGCGUGGCAGAACGAAUGAGCAGGAAGCUCCACCCCUGAGCAAGCAGGUUUCAGGCUGGGGGAGGGGAGACUACAGGAGAGGAUUAGAAUAUAGAGUCUAGAAAACUAAGUAAGGAUUCGGAGGUGAAGUGGGGAAUGACUGGAGAGUUUGGGGUGGAGGGAAGGAUAAUCUAUUGUGUGGUUUUGAAAGGAUGCAUUGUAGUGGACAGAAAGCCAAGAAACCAGUGAGGGAGUUAUUGCAGUAAUGGUGGUAAGAAGUGGCAGCUUGGACCAGGGUGGCUGCAGUGUGUGGGAGCUUACUGAGAAAAGGAAGUGUUUGCCAUCUAUGAUAAGCAUCCAUUGGAAGAUUCUGAUCCAUAGGACUGGGGAGAUAGCUCAGUGGUUAUUAGCAGUGGCUGCUCUUCCGGAGGACCUGGGGUUGAUUCCCAGCAGCUGCAUGUCAUUUCACAACUGUGUAACUCCAGUUCCAGGGAAUCCAGCACCCACUUUUGGCCUCUAAAGGCACCAGGCAUGCACAUAGCAUGUAGAUAUACUUGUAGAUAGAUAAGUGCUGAUACACAAAAAUAAAAGUUAAAUAAACCUUUUUAAAAGUCUGAUCCAUGGGAUGACAGAAUUUGUGUGUUUAAAAAAAAUUAAAAGAAAAGAGAGGAUUCUGGUAGCCAUGUGGGAAAAAGCUGGGAGAAUUGAGAUAAUGAGCUGGACUUAUUUCCAAAACUCCAGUCGCCAGAAAUAAAGGCAGAAACCUCAGAAGGAAAGUAGGCUCAGACCUGGAGGCCCUGGGAGACAUUUCGCCAAGGGGUAGAAAUACGAAAUUUUUACACAUUUGGAAAUUCUCCUGUGAGCCUUGCAAGGUGAGUGGUUAUGGUCAAGUUUCUUCUAGAGUUUCCCACCUCAAACAUUACCUGAGACCCUCACCACACACCAGGCACUGUUGUAAGUACUGUGCACCGGUUCAUCUGAGCCUUACCACAGCCCAGGGGUAAGGGGUGGGACGGAGUGGUGAUCAUGGUCACAUUUUUUUCUUUUCUCUGUGUGUAUGCGGUGUAUGUAUGUAUAUAUGUUCAUGUGUAGGAGUUUGCAUGUGUUCAGGUGUACCUGCAUGUGUGUGCGUGUAAGCUUGGAGGCUAUACAUUGAGUGUCGUCCUCAAUGGCUUUCCACCUUUAACUAGCUAGACUGAAGCUGACCAACAAACCUCUGGAAUCCACCUCUGUCUGUCUGCCCCAUCCCACCACACUAGGUUACACUCGUACAACACCAUGCAAGAUGUUUUACGUGGGCACUGGGUACCUGAACUCAGGUCCCUGUGGUUGAGUGACAAGUACUUCAUUGACUGAGCCAUCUUCCUGAGUGCCCUGGCUCCCACUUUAUAGAGAUGGAAACUUGGGCAGAGGGCUCAGUGGUUGUCCUUUGAAGGUCACUGCCAUGCUGCCACCAUAUGAAAGUUCGCAUAAGAGAUCCCGAAUUGUCUGCUCACCUCUAAAAUUAAGUAAAGAAUUGAUUGCUUGUUUCCUUUUUGAGCAGUGGUGAUCACGGCUGUUGAAGGUUGGUCACUGUGGGUAGAUAAAUAUUUCAUGUCAAAACUCUUGAGUUACCAGAAAUGGAAAUUAGCUUUAAAAACAUGAGGGCCAACUGCAAGAAACUGCCACGUCCAGCAGAAGAAAGACAUGUAUGUACAUGGGUGUACAUGGUGGAGCGUGCAGGAAAUGGCAUGGAAGGCUUGAGUCACAGGCUGUUCUUUGCCUCUGUGGUCUGAGUGUUCACCCAGACCUGUUGUUCCUUAUAUGGUCAGGACUGCUGCCCAGUGGCAACUGUACAGUGAGUCCUCUAUAUAGGACCUGGGUCUACCAAGAGCAAAAGUAUCUUUGGGAGAAGCUGAAAAUAUCCAGAGGAAAUUGUGAUCUCCCUGACCUUUGUCCAGGUCCCCAUUCCUAGGAUCUGAGGUUCAAGGUCAGCCGGAGUCUGCUCCAAGUAGUGACUGAGGCCAUGGGCAGUGUCUGUAGGCACUGAGUUGCUGUGGGAAGAAGACAGUCUGUUUGAUAGCACCGGUCAGCAGAGCCUGGCAUUAUUCUCCUAUGCUGUGUGCUAGAAUAUGCAGCCACCCCAUACUUCUGACUUUAACAACUUUUACAUUUUUCUUCCUGAUCUUUAAAAAGUUCUUCAUUGAGGCUGAAGAGAUGGCUCAGAGGUUAAGAGCACUGACUGCUCUUCCAGAGGUCCUGAGUUCAAUUCCCAGCAACCACAUGGUGGCUUCCGACCAUCUGUUAAAGGGAUCCCAUGUCCUCUUCUGCUGUCUGCCGUGGGCGUGUGGUGAGAGUCCCUGCGGGCACCCUGGUUCGCGUGGUGGGCACUGAGCUGGUGAUCCCCUGCAAUGUCAGCGACUAUGACGGCCCCAGCGAGCAGAACUUCGACUGGAGCUUCUCGUCUUCCGGGAGCAGUUUCGUGGAGCUUGCUAGCACCUGGGAGGUGGGCUUCCCGGCACAGCUGUACCGGGAGCGGCUGCAGCGGGGUGAUAUCCUGUUGAGGAGAACUGCCAACGAUGCUGUGGAACUGCACAUAAAGAAUGUCCAGCCCUCAGACCAAGGCCACUACAAGUGUUCCACCCCGAGCACGGAUGCCACUGUCCAGGGCAACUACGAGGACACAGUGCAGGUUAAAGUGCUGGCAGAUGCCCUGGUGGUGGGUCCCAGCUCCCGGCCUCCUCCAGGCCUGAGCCUGCGUGAGGGGGAGCCCUUUGAGCUGCGAUGUAUCGCGUCUACCACGUCACCGUUGCACACACACCUGGCACUUCGGUGGGAACUGCACCGUGGCCCGGUGCACCGAAGCAUCCUAGCCCUAAGCCACGAGGGCAGGUUUCACCCAGGCCCUGGCUAUGAGCAGCGCUACCACAGUGGGGACGUACGCCUGGACACAGUAGGCAGCGAUGCCUACCGCCUCUCCGUAGCCCGGGCGCUCUCUGCGGACCAGGGUUCCUAUAGAUGUGUGGUCAGCGAGUGGAUCACAGAGCAGGGCAGCUGGCAAGAAAUCCAAGAAAAAGCCGUGGAAGUGGCCACUGUGGUGAUCCAGCCGACAGCUCUGCAACUGGCCGUGCCCAGGACAGUGUCUGUGACUGAAGGAAAGGACCUGGAUCUUUCUUGCAACAUCACAACAGACCGUGUGGAUGAUGUCCGGCCUGAGGUGACAUGGUACUUCAAAAAGACACCCGAUACCUCUUUACUUGCCUCCCACAUGCUGGCGCGGCUUGACCGUGAUUCCCUGGUCCACAGCUCACCACACGUUGCUCUCAGUCACGUGGAUACCCGCUCUUACCAUCUACUGGUGCGAGAUGUUAGCAAAGAAAACUCGGGCUACUAUCUUUGCCUUGUGGCCCUCUGGGCUCCUGGACACAACAGGAGCUGGCACAAGGUGGCAGAGGCCAUGUCUGCCCCGUCUGGUGUAAGCGUGACCUGGCUAGAACCAGAAUACCAGGUCUACCUGAACGCUUCUAAGGUCCCCGGGUUUUCAGACGACCCCACGGAACUGCAGUGCCGGGUGAUAGACACGAAGCGUCUGGAGGCCGGUGUCCGACUUACCGUGUCGUGGUACUAUAGAAUGACCCGUCGCAAUGACGACGUGGUGGCCAGUGAGCUUCUCGCAGUCAUGGAUGGGGACUGGACUCUGAGAUAUGGAGAGAGGAGCAAGCAGCGGGCCCAGGACGGAGAGUUUAUUUUUUCUAAGGAGCACACAGACACAUUCAAUUUCCGGAUCCAAAGGACUACGGAGGAAGACAGGGGCAAUUAUUACUGUGUUGUGUCUGCCUGGACCAGGCAGAGGAACAACAGCUGGGUGAAGAGCAAAGAUGUCUUCUCCAAGCCUGUCAACAUAUUCUGGGCCUCAGAAGAUUCUGUGCUCGUGGUGAAGGCACGGCAGCCAAAGCCUUUCUUUGCUGCAGGGAAUACAUUUGAGAUGACUUGCAAAGUGUCUUCCAAGAAUAUUAAGUCGCCACGAUACUCAGUUCUCAUCACGGCUGAGAAGCCCGUCGGGGACCUCUCCAGUCCCAACGAGACCAAGUACAUUAUCUCCCUGGACCAGGACUCCGUGGUGAAGCUGGAGAACUGGACCGACGCGUCUCGGGUGGAUGGCGUGGUGUUGGAGAAAGUUCAGGAGGAUGAGUUCCGAUACCGAAUGUACCAGACUCAGGUCUCCGAUGCGGGCCUGUACCGCUGCAUGGUGACAGCCUGGUCUCCUAUUGGGGGCAGCUUGUGGCGAGAGGCAGCGACCAGUCUCUCCAAUCCUAUUGAGAUCGACUUCCAAACCUCAGGUCCCACAUUUAACGCCUCUGUGCAUUCAGACACACCAUCCGUCACCCGGGGAGAUCUCAUCAAAUUGUUCUGUAUCGUCACUGUGGAAGGAGCUGUGCUGGACCCAGAUGACAUGGCCUUCGAUGUAUCCUGGUUUGCGGUACACUCUUUUGGCUUGGACAAGGCUCCCGUCCUCCUCUCCUCCUUGGACCGGAAGGGAGUCGUGACGACAGGCCAGAGGGACUGGAAGAGUACUGUCAGCCUGGAGCGAGUGAGCGUGCUGGAAUUCUUGCUGCAAGUGCAUGGCUCUGAGGACCAGGACUUUGGCAACUACUACUGUUCUGUGACUCCCUGGGUGAGGUCACCGACAGGUUCCUGGCAGAGGGAAGCCGAGAUCCACUCCAGGCCCAUCUUUAUAACUGUGAAGAUGGACGUGCUGAACGCCUUCAAGUACCCGCUGCUGAUCGGCGUGGGCCUGUCCACAGUCAUCGGGCUCCUGUCCUGCCUCAUCGGAUACUGCAGUUCCCAUUGGUGCUGUAAGAAGGAGGUUCGGGAGACGCGUCGGGAGCGCCGCAGGCUCAUGUCCAUGGAGAUGGAUUAAGCAGUUGGAGAUGGAGGGACAGAGGAACAUUGUAGGAGCGGUGGGGGUGAGAAGAGGACUCUGAUAUUUUUACAACCGAGUGUGUUACACUAAAACCAGUCCUCUCUAAUCUCAGGUGGGACUCGGCGCUCUCUCUUUUCUGCAUGUCAAGUUCUGAGCGAGGACAUGUUUACCAGCACACAGCUCUUCUUCCCACGGCACUUUCUGAUAUGUAACAAUCGAGUGUGUGUUUCCCCCAGCUGCAGCUUUUUAAUGGUUAACCCCCCACCCCACCCCCCACCCCCGUCUAAUUAGUUUUCUCCUAGCGGCUUAUCGAUCCUCUGAUUUGUGUGUGUUGCUCACUUUUGAUUUAGGGAUCUCGGUGAGGUAGGGCGAAGGCAUUCAGAGUUGGUCAUUGUGGGUAAGAGGGUACCGGCCCACCCGAAAGCCAGCAUCCACGAGCAGCCAGCAUCGGGAGAGCUGCUACCUGCUGCCCUCCACCCUGGCUCAGAGCUGAUAUAGACCUGUGCCAAGGCAAGCUGUGGCUUUGACUGCCCUGCCCAUCCCCCAUUGUCAGGGGUUUAAAACUCUAUAACUUCUUGGCCCGUAAGCCUUUUGUUUCCCCUCCUUCUCUACCCUCUUCCGUUUUCCGGGUUUGUUUCUGUGAGUGAGGAUACGGCAGCCCUGGAGUCUAGAAUUCGGCUUUCCACCAAGCACCUUAUCUCGCCACCUUAGCCUUAAGAAUGAGUAUGAAAAAAAUCCAGCACCACCUCUGUCCAGGGCAGAAGGUCUGGGAGGAGGAGGAGGAGGAGGACACGGGGGGGGGGGGGGGGGGGAGGAGGGGGGCGGGGGGGGGGGAGGAACUGAUGCUCGCCCACCCACGUGCUCGCUCUGGUAGUUCUUAGGCCACUGUGCUCCAGGAACCCCAGGGUGAGUGGGAGCAGAGGGCAGCCGUGCCGCCGAGCCAGGUGCCCUGUCCCUUCAUGAGAGGCACUGUCCCUGGUGCCACAGGACCGCCAUGGGAGCCACAAAAGUGCCACAUUGAGCUUCUUCACAGGAAGGCAGGUUGCUGCCUGCAAGACUGACGGACUUCAAGGAAUCAGAAAUUGCCUAGAGCAAGCGUGUGUUCUCCAUGACCUUUUCAGUCCUUGAAGUCUUUCUAAGCUCCCCGCAGGGGGUAGUGAAGAGGGGUAUACUUUGUGAACGUUUGCUUUCCUAUUAGAAACAUGAAGGGAACCCAGCUAUUUAGUGUUAUGUGAAUGGCCUGUAAAAUAGGGUUGAGAGCAGCUGCCUCUGCCUGGCUGGGCCCAGCAGGAACGGGACAGCGGGCAGGCACAUCUUCCAGGUCACCAGUGCCUGCUCCAUCAGGGCCUCAGCCACACAGAUUCUCUCACCUCAGCAUAGCCUUCCUGAGCCUCCCCUGAGUACUGAGGCUCACCACCCAGCUGGUACCCUCGCCCUGCCUUCUGCCUCUGAAGGAUUUAACAUUGUUGUCUUCCAAGGGGGGACGGGGAGAAGAGUCCUUUCUCUUAAGCAAUAAAGUAAUCCGAAAACAUGGCCAUCACGUGCAGCUCUAGUCAACACGGACCAGGAUGCGCUGAGCCCCCACCCCCACCCCCGCCUUCUCUCCAUGUGGCCCACGGUGGCUUUUGUAUUUUCCACCCAAUUUCCUCUGCUUGUUUUGAGCCCACCUUGGGGGCUGCUCGUGUAAUGAGAUUUUGAGAAGGUAGCUCUAGCCCAGGUGGGGUCCAGGUUUAGAGUCAGUAGCAGAUGCACCCCACACAAGCAAGAGAGGCCAGAGAAAGGGGAGGCUUGGCAGACACGGUUGGUCUACAUGUCGCUUUCUUGUUGCUAGCUCAGACGUGAGGCACAGGUGACUGUACAAACAGGAAUUAGGGGAGAGAACCAGGUGUUAGGAGCAGCCUUCGAGCCUGUGCCAUUACUGAAGAAGAUUCAGGGUCUUGGCAGUACAGCCCUCCUUAGGAGGAUGAGAGAGACUUAGCCUGGGGUGAGAUGAGCCCUAGAUGUACAUAAAGCCACAGUGGUCCACGUGGGUACUGGAUGAUGAGAUGAGUGAUCGGACCUACCUUUCCCUUUCGUCUGAUGUUGAGAUUUGAACCUGAGUUGUGGAGGCCAUGCCCAAACCCCCAUGUUGCUUAGGGUUGGGAGAGGGGCCAGAAACCUCAGGACCUAGUUCCUUUUGGGAAUCUUACCAUGCUGGGGUGUGUGUCUUGUUAAGUGUGGUCAAACACUCUUGAUGUACCAAAUAGUGCUCCCCAUGAAGCGCUCUUCCUGAGGCCCCCACCCUGCAACACUGCUCUGGGGGAGGGAGAGGCCGAGCCAGGCCUUGGCACAUGAAAUUGCACUUCUUAAAGAGAAAACUUUAUAGAAGGUUGGGUAUUUUUCCUAAUCACAAAAAUCUCCCGCUGAAAGAACCUAAGCUACAUUCAGAUUGAAGCCUCGAAAAUUACUUUAAAUUGUUUACUUUACGAUGUUUACACACACGGCUCACUUUUUUAGAAAAAUAAGAAAACUGCAAACUCUGGCUUUUUAACAACUUUUCAGAUUUUUUCAUGCAUGGGAUAUGCUGGCCCCUGACUCACCAGCUGGAUUAAUCCUCAUUUAGAAAUGUCCCGAGAUGUGGAUAUGUGUGUCUUCCCCCUCCCAGCCACAUGCCCAGACCUCUGUCUGUUUCUCUGGUGGCUUUUGCCUCCUGCUUUGCAGACCGCCUGCAGCCAUGAUUUUGUUACGGCAUCCAUGAGCCAAAGACUGCGCUUCGGAGCAGGAACUGUAAGCAAUACUACACAACUUGCUACUUUUGGGGGGAAUUUUUUUUUUAACUUCACUCAUGACAACAGAGGAAGAAAGGAAUUGAGGUUUAGGUAAGUUCUCUUCCACUGUGUGACCAGAUUCUCGGUGACACACAAUUGUGCAGAUCACUAGGAGAAGGAGGUUGGGUUUCUUUUCUAGUGUGUAACACGAGGAUCUGCAGAAUUUCCCAUAGACAAAGAGAAGGUCUUGUGUAUUUUUGUCCCUAUCCAAGGUUAUACAAACUAAUUGUGUUGUUUUAUACUGUGCCCACAAAUAUUAUGCAAUGCACCAUUUGUUUUUGUCUUUAUUUUAUUAAAGGAAGUUUAAUUUAAAUCA